AUGGCAGACGCAGCGACAUCCGCGGUUCUUCAUAGAAGUCUCCACCGUGAGUUCCCCCGUCUGAUAGGGGGAGAUGGGAGUUACCUCCUGUUGGAGGACGGUCGCAGAAUUCUCGAUGCAGCCGGAGGAGCUGCCGUCGCCUGUAUCGGACACGGCGACGCUCGAGUCCAUGAAGCUAUCAACAAACAGCUGAAGAAGAUAUCGUACUGCUCCAGCCUGUUCUACACGACUGAUGUCUGCGAACAACUCUGUCAGGAAUUGGUUGAUUCUACACAUGGUGCGAUGAAGCGUGCAUACAUCGUCAACUCUGGUUCUGAGGCGAUGGAGGCCGCAAUGAAGUUAUCGAGGCAGUUCUUCCUGGAGAAGAGUCCACCAGAGCCAAACCGGACCAGAUUCAUAGCGCGCCAGCACUCAUACCACGGAACAACGCUCGGUUCACUCUCGAUGGGCGGCCACGUCGUGCGGAGAGCCAAGUUCGAACCGAUGCUACUCGAUUGUAUCUCCCGAGUCUCCCGCUGCUUUCCGUCCCGCGACAAGCCUGCCGACGAAACCAACGAAGCAUAUGUCUCACGGCUGGCAGAAGAACUUGAUGGCGAAUUUCAAAGGGUCGGGCCAGACACUGUCUGCGCAUUCGUUGCUGAACCCGUCGUGGGAGCGGCACUCGGCUGCGUUCCAGCUGUGCCUGGAUACCUAAAGGCUAUGCGAUCCGUUUGCGACAAACACGGCGCGCUGCUCAUACUCGACGAAGUCAUGUGUGGCAUGGGACGUACGGGUUUCAUGCAUGCUUGGGAGCAAGAAGGCGUCCCUCCUGAUAUCCAGACUCUGGGGAAAUGUCUCGGAGGUGGCUAUCAGCCAAUUGCGGGGCUUCUUGCGAGCAGCAAAGUCGUCGAUGUUUUCAUGAAAGGCAGUGGGAGUUUCGCCCACGGUCAUACCUACCAGGGCCACCCAAUCACCUGUGCGGCAGCUCUCGAGGUCCAGAAGAUUAUCCGCGAGGAGAAGCUGAUACAGAACGCGGCGCAAAUGGGCGACUUGCUCUCUGCGAGCUUGUAUAGCUUACUUGCCGACCAUCCAAAUGUUGGCGAUAUUCGCGGCCGCGGCCUUUUCUGGGGAAUUGAAUUUGUCGCCGACAAAUCAACCAACAGCCCCUUUCCAAGCUCUGCCGACGUGGCAAUGAAGAUCGGUGAGCUCGGUCUCACUGAGCCUUAUAGAAUUGCGGUCUAUCCCUCUUCAGGAACUGCAGAUGGCGUUAAUGGUGAUCACAUCAUCAUCGCGCCUCCGUAUAAUACCACAAGUGCAGAGGUCGAGAAGAUUGCCACGACGGUUGCAAGAUUGGUCAAGGACUAUUUCUCGUCAAAGAAGUUCUGA